AUGGCCACGGCCACGGCAUCAAACCCACCCCUUGAUAGGCGCACAAAUGAUAUGGGCUCAAAGGCCAUGGUACCAAGGCCAAAACGGCUGGAAGUUCCAUUACCUAGCCAGGGAGAAGAACCUGUGCCCCUUCGACAUGUCUUGACUAAAUUCGACCAGAUUGCCAACUGGGCUCGUCAGGGAUCUCUCUGGCCCUUGACCUUCGGCCUGGCAUGCUGUGGCGUGGAGAUGAUGGCUGUUUCGAUGCCACGGUACGAUCUCGAUCGCAUGGGUAUCUUUUACCGCGCUUCGCCGCGACAGGCAGAUGUGCUUAUUGUUUCUGGCACGGUGACGAACAAGAUGGGUCCUGCCAUCAGGUUGUUGUACGAUCAGAUGCCAGAUCCGAAAUGGGUGAUUAGUAUGGGCAGUUGUGCGAAUGGAGGCGGGUAUUAUCAUUAUAGCUAUAGUGUAGUUAGAGGAGUGGAUAGGUUGCUCCCUGUUGAUGUGUAUGUGCCUGGUUGUCCGCCGACAGCAGAGGCGUUUUUGUAUGGAGUUCUGCAGUUGCAGAAGAAGAUCAAGAAUCAGCGCACAACGCGCAUGUGGUAUAGGAAGUAG